AUGAUCAUAUUAAUCAUGUCCGGAUGCGGGGAGUCUCGGAUCGGUUCUGGCGUUGGACCGUUUCUUUUGAGAAUUGGCAUUCACUCUGGAACUAUAAUAGCCGGUGUUGUUGGUACAAAAAUGCCGAGAUAUUGUUUAUUCGGCGAAACAGUAACCCUUGCUUCACAAAUGGAGUCGAUGGGACUUCCCGGAAAAAUUCAAUGCAGUAAAUGGACAUAUUCGAAAGCAACAUCGACUGGCAGAUUCACAUUUGCACCACGAGGAAGAAUCACUGUCAAAGGACGAGGAGAGACUGAAACUUAUUUCCUUCUUCGAAGCUUGAAAAAGAGUAUUUGGGAAAUUGUAGACCAUCAAAGAGAUGUGAACGUUCACAGUAUAGAAGGCUACGAUGAGUUGGAGCAUUAUACAGAGGAUGUAAAUGCUUCUCAAAAGACAACGUCGAAAGGAGAAAUAAGCAAUAUGUCCAACACUUGCAUUGUCUGUUGA